AUGACGCGCAACAACCUUGCCGAUCAUCUGACCUGGCUGCUCAACAACAUCUCCCUUUCGAUACCCCAACAUUACGACCUUCCUACGCCCACUGGACAGUACCUGAGUGCCUCAGACAUUUCAGACUCAAUCCCGCCACCGAGCACCAACUUGCGGGUCUCAAGGCGUCAGGAGAACCAGCAAGCAUCUCAAAAGCCCCAAUUAUCGCCAAGUCUCGCAGUGAAUGGCCUCCACGAGAGGACCAGCCAGGAACCAUCACUUCGCGACUUGGCCCGGCUGUCCCAGGACAACAUGGGCCGCUUGACUUCGACAACAAAGUCCCAGAAACCAUCACUCGUGUUUCAGCGAUCCGAAAUAACGACCCCGAAAUCUUCCGCUUCAACGAUUCACGAUGUCACGUCGAGCUCGAGCCGGGGAGAGCUGCCCUCGAACCCGCGAGAAGACCACAGCAAGUGUUCCUCUAGCAAGCCGAAAGCCGCAUAUCCGCAGCCAGCUUCGAGCAUCGGACUGGACCUUACAUAUCUCGAUGCUGAUGACCUCGAAUGUAUGGAUUUGACGACGGACACAAUACAUACCGUCGAAUCACUGGAGUUUGUCAAGGAGGUCCCGGUGCAAUCGUCUGGUGACAAGAGCACUUCGUCAUCGCAACCAAGAAGUGGCAAGAAGAGAAAAAGCAGUGAUAUCACUAGUUUUGAAGCGGAUUUUGAGGACCAAUUCUCAGACGUAUAUAAAAUGCUCGGCACCGAGCCUCCAAUGUCGACACCAGCCAAAAAGGCUUCCUCGCGAAAGAACGGCUCAAGCAGCAUCAAGCGCCACCAGAAACGAGAUAGAGAUGCAACGACACCUCCGGGACGAAAAGCGAGGCUUGAAUCCAUUAGCAGUGUUCCCGACGACUUUUCAUCCCCAAGCCGAGCUGUAGCUGCGAAACGGUCCCAGCAUGAGCUUUCUCAACCUCCUAAUGAAACAUUUCAAUCUUCACAGCUGCGGAACAGCACACAGAAGAACGGAUACACGAGUAAUGCAGCAGCAUCCCUGGCCCUUGUUCCACCUGCCGACAGCACGGCUCUACCCCAUACAACAGUUGAACACUUCAUUCCAGACUCAGAUGAUGAGUUCGUGACGCCACCGUCCUCCAAACUCGCAAUUACCUCCCAGGAGAGCCGACAAACACGAGUACUUCAAGCUCAAGCUAGUCAAACAAUAGCAGGAUUGCCACAGCCACAACUCGAAACAACUGGCUCGUUUGAUACAUCCACGGACGAUGUCAUCAUGCUGCCUCCCCAGAACGAUGCACACUCUAGCCAGGCUCCACGUAUUUUGUCCUACUUGUCGCAAAAUCCCAAAAUUCUGGACAAGAAGUUGCUGCAGCUCGAUAUCCUUAUUCAGCAAAACGCACGCGAAUUUAGACAGGCGAUAGAUGCGCGAUGUACAAAGGAACAGCGUGACGCUAUCAAAUCAGAAAAGGAACGAUUGCUGCAGCAAAAGAAGUCUCUCGAUACCCUUGCUAUAUCGUUUCACUCGUAUAUUGAACUGUGCGAGCAACGCGAAGCUCUCGCCGCCCAAGUCGCCAAAGCAUAUGACGAAGGAAUCGAGACCGAAUUAGACGAGGCCAAACUCGAUGAAAUCACAGACACAGUGGAGCAAAAGGAAAAAGAGCUGAUGCAAGAGCUCACCAGUGCUGGCGUUGAAGAAGCAGAUUGUCUCAACGCGCCAGCAGCCGGGCAAGGCACUUCUCAAUCAGACAAGAUUGUGUUCGGAACUCAAAAUGCAGUGGGGGUGUCAGUCAACAUGUCACAGCCCAGUUUGGACCCUCAACCUGAAAUGAUGCAUGGAACGCAGGUUGUUCACCAAACACAGUUAGGAGAGAUUUCAAGUUCCAAUUUCUUGCAUCAUUAUCCUAGUAAUGGUAGCAACUUUACGGCUGGCCCAGGCGUAAAGCAAAGAGCUGAUGCACCAUUCCCUAGGGCUCCUGCGAGUCAAAAACUGCAGCCUACUACUAACACACGACCGCCACCGAUAGUAGGAGCUGAUACAUUCGAGGACGAGCUGAUGUCUGAGUUUGAUGAUGGCGAUAUGCUUCCGCCUCCCCGAUCUGCCAAGAAAGGCUCGAGAAGUGUGGCCCACAGCAUACCACAGCGAGAGAGAGAUGAAUUUAGCGAAUUUAGCGACGAUGCAGAUAUGCUAGCGUUUGCACAAGACUACGAAAGCCAGCAAUCUGGCAAAGAGCAGUCUCCGAGGAGCCGCAGGGUCUUCUCCGAAACGUCUGGAAAUGCUGCCCCCGUGCCCAAACCCUGCUCUGCAUCUCGAAAACCUACAGUCUCUUCACAGCCACAGCUGGCCAUCCCACCACACUUGAUGAAGUUUCCCUGGUCUCCAGAAGUGCAAAGAAUGCUGAAAGAUCGUUUUCGCAUGAAAGGGUUCAGACAGAAUCAGCUGGAAGCUAUCAAUGCAACCCUGUCGGGCCAGGACGCAUUUGUUCUCAUGCCUACUGGCGGUGGCAAAUCACUCUGCUACCAGCUUCCUGCGGUAGUUAGGACGGGCAAAACUCGCGGUGUCACGAUCGUCGUUUCCCCGCUUCUCAGUCUGAUGCAAGAUCAGGUCGACCACAUGAAAGCACUUGGUAUCCAAGCUGUUGCGUUCAACGGAGAGUGCUCUACAGAGUACAAACGGCAAGUCAUGAGCACUUUCGGGGAACGCAGUCCAGAGCACUUCAUUGAGCUGCUGUACAUCACGCCAGAAAUGAUCAGCAAAAACAUGGCUUUCAACAAUGCGCUCCAACGCCUGUAUCAAAACGGCAAGUUUGCCAGGCUCGUGAUUGACGAAGCACAUUGCGUUAGCCAAUGGGGUCACGAUUUUCGCCCGGACUAUAAAAAUUUGGGCCAGGCACGCAGGAAAUUCCCCAACGUGCCUGUCAUGGCAUUGACGGCCACGGCCACGCAAAACGUCAUCUUAGACAUCAGGCAUAAUCUCGGUAUGAAUACCUGUAAGAUUUUUUCGCAAAGCUUCAACAGACCAAAUCUCUAUUAUGAAGUCCGAUCCAAGGGCUCGCCCGUCAGCGCGGUUGAAACCAUUGCCGAGCUAAUUCACUCGAAAUACGCUGGCUUGACCGGCAUUGUCUAUGCACUAUCCCGUGCCGGAACAGAAAAGCUCGCCGAGAAGCUCAGAAAGCAGCGUAUCUCUGCCCAGCACUACCAUGCUGGUAUGACAGCCCCCGAUAAGGUCAGUGUGCAGACCCGGUGGCAACAGGGCGCUGUCAAAGUGGUCGUUGCUACUAUUGCUUUUGGAAUGGGUAUUGACAAGCCCGAUGUGCGAUUUGUCAUUCACCAUGGACUGCCAAAAAGCUUGGAAGGAUAUUACCAGGAGACUGGCCGUGCUGGAAGGGACGGCAAACCAUCAGAUUGCAUUCUUCUCUAUGCUCGAAGAGACAUAGCGGUUCUCAGGAAGAUGAUCACGGAUGGUGAAGGCAACGCAGAGCAAAAAGAGAGGCAGAUGCAGAUGCUCAACCAAGUCGCCGCAUUCUGUGACAAUGAGUGGGACUGUCGCCGAACCGAAGUCUUGCGUUACUUUGGAGAAGAGUUCUCUGCAGCGCAAUGUCGAAAGAACUGUGACAACUGCCAAUCAGGUAAAGUGUUUGAGCAAAAAGAUCUUUCAGAUUGCGCUCGAUCCGCCAUUCAAGUCGUUCAGCUUCAAAACAAGUUGACCGCCCCUCAGUGCGCGGACAUUCUACUAGGCAGAAAGUAUCCUUCACACGAAGAAGCUCUUUCUGGCGAAUACCAUGGUGACUGUCGGGGACUUAUGAAGCACCAGAUCGUCCGUGUUAUCGACAGACUCUUGGCGGCGAAGGCUUUCGUCGAAGAUAACCAAAUUGGCAACUAUGGUGCGGCUAUCCAGUAUCUGGCACUUGGGCCCGAAGCCAACAUGUUCCUGAGUGGCCAACGAAAGUUGAUGUUGACGGUGCAGGUGGAUCAAGCUCCCGAAGCAGGGGCUAGAAAAAAGGCACCAUCCAAAAAGACCAAGCAAAAAGGUCAAGAAACGCUCAACUUGCAAUCAACGUAUGUGUCUUCGCCAGUUGGUAAGCGCCGCGCCCGUGCCCGGCUGCCUGAUAGCGAUGACGAGGAGUAUCCAACGACUUCGCACGGAUAUGCCAACGAUGGUUUCGUCAUCUCGGAUGAGGAUGAGGAGGAAGAUGAUGAGAAUGAGGGUGAUGCAUUUGCCGAAUUGCCCAGCCAUCGUCCAGCCAGACCGAUCAGUAUGCAGAACCAAAAGCAGCCCGCUCCCAAGGCAAAGGUCGUGAAGCCAUUUGGCCCUCCUAUACACUCCAAGAAGCGCCUGGAAGAUCUCUCUGAGCUGCACCAGGACAUCGUUGCUGGCUUUGUGCAAGGAGCACGCAAAAUCGAGGAACACAUCCGCAACAAGAAGGAGCUUCGGCGACCUCUUUUCAGCGAGAAGCACUUUCAAGAAAUGGCCAUCAACUGGACGACGAGUAUUGAGCGCAUGGGCCGUAUUCCUGGAAUCGACGGCGACAAGGUUCGAGAACAUGGCCCGAAGCUGCUUCCGCUUCUACGCAAACAUCAUGAGAUGUAUGUCGAAGUGACGGGCGAUGGGAACCAGAGUCGGGAGGAUAUUGUCGACCUCAUUAGCUCGGAUAUCGAGUUCGAGGAUGAGGAUGCAGAGGCCAGCGCCGGUGAAACGUCACACUUUUUUGCUCCGACGUCGCGGGCAAGGCCCGAAGUUUCCGCUUUUCAUGCCCGCCUCGAAGAAGCAAAUCAAAUUGCUGACCCUAUGCCACGGAGCCAAACCACGUCCAAGCCGUACGGGCGAGGUGGUGGUGGUAAUGCCCGCGGCAAGUCUGUCAAGCGCAAGGGAUUUGGCACGAAGAAGCGCAAUAGCGGUUAUAAUCGCAAAGCUAGCGGCGGCUCUUCGAACGCUGCCGGUUCUGGCUUUGGAGGGGGAGGUGCGUCGCGACCAUCGGGGUCUAAGAGGGAUGGUAAGAUCGUAAAGAAGCCCGGUGGAGGCAUCGGUCUGAUGCCGCUAUGA